GCAGGCACAUUGCCGUGACGAGUGUGGCCGUGGGGGAGGGUGACACGCAGAUCCUUGCCAUUGGUAACUUCUGCAAGGCAGGAAACGGACGUGGUCACACGAGAGAGAGGGAGAGAGACAAUUGUGUUCCUGUCGAGGGUUGAUUUGACACACACACACGACCCACGUUCAUUUCGCCAGCUAUUGUAGUAGCAGCGGUGGUCAGAUUAGAUCCUUCGUUGUGGGGUUUUUGAGUCGAUGGCUCUGAGUCGAUGGCUCUGAGUCAGGGGCUAACGUGAGUUAAGUAGAAACAGCUGCAGCGAUGGCUGAAUGAGGCAGGCGAGAUAAUCGAGCGGCGGAGGGAUUGCGGUUUUUAGUGUUUCUCCGUAUUAUCAUCAUCAUCAUUAUUAUUUUAGGUGGUUGUGGUUGUGAACGCAAUGGCGACCGUGGGCCACGGCGACACGGGGAAGAGAGGAGACGCGAGGAGCGGCGUCGUGGGCUCGCGGGACGAGGGGGCCUCUGCCUCGUCGUCUCGGCGGGCAGCCAGGGGCCUCUGGCUGGCCUGUGCCCUGGGGGCCGCUGUGCUGGCGGCCGGGGUGAAGUUGUACGCCGACAGGGGUGUGAUGGAGAGACAGGAAAUGGCCCUGCGAACACUGGGCAAUGACGGGCUAUUCCUUUUCACCUCCCUGGACACCAACAUGGACAUGCAAAUCAGCCCCGAGGAGUUCCGGCCUAUUGUCGACAAGAUCAUAGGGCCGCCCCCCUCGGAGUAUGAAGGAACGCAAGAGGCCGACCCGCAGGGGGAGGGCCUCACCAUGUUGGCUCGGUUUGAGCCGCUGCUGAUGGAGACCAUGAGCAAGAGCCGAGACGGAUUCCUGGGGGUUGGACAGAGCUGCCUUGCCGGUCUGCGCGGCUGGAAGAAGGCCGAGGCCCCGAGUCAGCACUUUGGCGCGAACCAGUUCAAGGUGUUUCUGCCCCCAAAGAGCGACCUAGAGCUGGGAGAAGCCUGGUGGCUCGUGCCCAACGAUCUGAACCUCUUUACCGGGUAUCUGCCCAACAGCCGCUACUACCCGCCACCGCCUGUUGCAAAAGAGAUCAUCAUUUUCAAGCUCCUGAGUAUGUUUCACCCACGGCCCUUCGUGAAGUCACGCUUCGCCCCCCAGGGUUCCGUUGCGUGCAUUCGCGCACAGAGCGACAUGUAUUACGACAUCGUGUUCAGGGUUCACGCGGAGUUCCAGCUCAACGAGCCGCCCGCCUUCCCGUUCUGGUUCACCCCGGCGCAGUUCACUGGACAUGUGACCAUUGCACGGGACUCCUCCCACGUCCGCGCAUUCCACAUGUUUGUGCCAAACAAUCGGUCCCUGAACGUGGACAUGGAGUGGCUGUUUGGCUCCAUGGAUCAGGGCAACAUGGAAGUGGAUAUUGGAUUCAUGCCAAAGAUGGAGCUGGUUGCUGAAGGUCCUUCAGUGCCAGCGCUGAUUUACGAUGAAAACGGCAACGCGAUUAACACGAGUGACCCGGACGUGGAGCCCAUCCAGUUUGUGUUUGAGAACAUUGAGUGGCGGUCAGAGAUCAGCUUCCAGGAAGCCUACAGACAAAUGGAAGUCGCCAUGUAUCCAUUCAAGAAGAUUCAAUAUCAUCCUUUCACGGAAGCCUUUGAAAAAGCAAAGGCAGAAGACAAGCUGGUCCACUCCAUAUUACUCUGGGGGGCGUUGGAUGACCAAUCAUGCUGAGGUUCGGGGCGAACUCUCCGGGAGACUGCCCUGGAGAGUUCGCCCGUCCUCGCCCUGCUGAGCGAGAACUUCAUCAGCAGCUGGUCCCUGGUCAAGGACCUGGAGGACCUGAAGAAGCAGGAGGAGCAAGCGGAGCAUGCGAAAUGGGCGACGCUGCACCUCGCAAAAUACACAUUCCCAGUGGAGAUGAUGAUCGCCCUGCCAAACGGGACAGUGGUCCAUUGCAUCAAUGCCAAUGACUUUUUGGAUGCCACCGCUGUAAAAGCAGAGGACCUGACACCGGACCUCCCAGCUGAGUUCCUGGACCCAACGAGCACAACCUACCUGAAGUUCCUCAAGGAAGGCCUGCAGAAGGCCCAAACCUACCUGCAGGCCUAAAGCACUUGGCGCAUUUAUACCUAUCAAGCAUCCACAUCACUGAACCAUCCCAUGGAUAAAUCAUGCUUCACAUUCUAAUUUAACAAACUAAUUCAAUCUUGACUUAAAGCUUUCGUAACUGCAGGAAUUCAUGCUCUUUGGGUCUUUCGGUAAAGUCACGUAGAUAGAAAAAUUAACCAAUGUACUUUUUGGUGGCUAUGGGAGUUAUUACAGCUUCUUGUAGUCACCGUUAACCAGCAGAAGAAAUUAUUCGUCACGUGUGCCAAAUGUGCUUCGUUAGUUUUGAAGAUUGGCAAAAGUGUAGUUUUGUUUUACUUUUGCAGUUUUUAUCUUAAAUUGGUCUCCACAAUUGCAGAAUGAUUUUUUUCCAUUUUCCUUCUAAGCAAAAUUUAGUUUCACAAAAUUGAAUUUUUUUCAAUUUUAUCUUGAAGUAAAUAGUCACAUGUGACUGAAAAUGUUUUCAUUUAUAAGAAAAAAUGUGCAGUGUUGGACGACUGCACACCUAAACACUACCCUUAGAUCGGAUUUGACAUGCGUAGGUGUGCAUAUUUGUAAAAAGGAGUACUAAUAUUUUCACUUACUCGACUAUUUUUAGAGAAAGUGCGAAGCGUGUUUAAUAUUCUAACCUCCGAUACAUGAACAGAAAUGUGAGCAGUGUGGAGCAGCAGCAGCAGCAGGGUUGCCCUCAGUCGGACAAACUAAUUUGUAUUUCACACUCAACCUUAAUGCAAUGCAAUCAACGUAGAGAGACGAGUAAGCGAAUGCAACAUUACAAAAUGUGCAAAGAUUUGUCCCAUGUAGUUAGACUUGAAAUAUUUCCCCAUACAUGCGGUUUCAUUUCCAUUACUGUGUAGGUACCAGAAGUCAAUUUGUUUUGCAGUUGCAAUAAUGGUUCAGAAAUGUCAGAGUCCUACAAAUUGUAAUCAUUUUUUAUAAAAACAAAAUUUUACCAACAUGGAUACAAAGCGUCACCCUCCAAUCCAAUAUACUGGAACCUAAGCGCUGGCCAUUAGUGUAGACAACCUUCUAAUGUUCUGAAAAUUAAUCUUUGUUCUUUGUGUAUCAUUCAUGAUACAUCUUCAAAGCUCAUUGCUACACAACGUACACUUUUCAAAUACCCAACACACACAACCCUUGGGUCAAACCUCUACCUUCCUUCAUCUUGCAUUUAAUUAAGUAUCUGAACUUUCCCUAAGGGUAUACGAUAACACUCGCCCCAACAUAUUUGUUUUUAUUUUGCAGUGUUCUAAAAUACUUUAAGCCUAGAUCAUUUGUCAAUGAAAAGCCCAUAUUGCCACUGGGUAAAAAAAUGCACUCGAAAUAAUAAUUAGCUCAUCCAACUGGAGAGGAGGCGUGCGUUGACGUCAUUAGUUUCCUUUCGCCAGCAGAGGAUGCAACGUGGCCGAGUUGCCAAACACCGAAGGCUCCGUCUCAAUGAAGACUCUGCCAUAAAUCCUGUCAAGGAGGGGCUAGGUCAGACCCCCGAUGUAGCUGUCCGUGGUGUGAUGGUGCCUCGGCUACCAAGCCAUUCUGCUGGCUGUGGGGAAACCCGCUGUUACAGAGGUGCCUAUGCUCGCUCACUUAGCCAAUGGAGGCAGAACGAGUGCUCCAAAUGGCAUUGAAUGAGCAUUUUCAUAGAUGGUGGAAAGUGGUGGUAAUACCAUUGCUCAAAUACUUGAGAAGGUAAAAUUGUUUGCCUUGUGGAACACGUCCUUACGUUGGGACUAUAUUAGACAAUCGAUUGUGUAAACAGUUGUCUCUCUCUAUACGUAGUGAGUUGAGGUUACAAGUACCAAUCUAAGCAUUCUGUUGUGGCUCGAAAGAGCCCAGGCUGCAAGGAUAUACCCAACUUGUUUACUCUUAGUAUCGCUUGUAAGCAUAAACUGCGUGUUAUUUUUAUGCUGAUAUUUUAAUGAUCGCUAUGACCAGGUAAUGGUUGUUUUUGUUCUGGAGAUUUUUUGGGGGGAUAAUUAUUUGGAAUUUUUUUUCAUGUAUAACAUACUCUGAAGUGCAGUCAGCUCUUACUAUGAGCAUACUUUAAAACAGGAUUGUCUUUGUUCGUAAAAUCUAACAUUGUUUACAAGCGUCUUCAAUCCUGGAUUUCCCAUGAAGGACAGAUGCAAAUUGUGGCAUGGUACAGCUCAUUCGUAUGCUACUUUAUUUAUGGUUGACAUUUUUUAUUAAAACUAUCUAUCCUUUUAUACUCGUAUACAAUAUUUUGUAGAUGUACAAUUAGUGUAAUCAUGUUUACGCUAAGCUCCCACAUAUUGUAAUUCCGACUUUGAAAUUGUUUUCAUCUUCAUGUUUUGAAUGUAUAUUAAGUGCCAAAUGGUAUUUUGAAAGAAAUAUAAAAGAAGCCAGCGGUGA